AGCUGGUGCAAAGUGAUGGCACAUCCCAGGCAGCUGGCAGAGAGCGGACCUUGUGGCUAUAGCAUCCCGAGAAGGGUGUGAGUUUGUGCAGGAAGCAGGGAAGGAGGCCAUGACCAGAAGUGCAAACGGGAAGGAAAAGAGAGAUGUGCUGGGUGUUUGAGACAGUGGGUUUGAUGGGCAGGAGGACCCAGGGUUUGUGAGUCAGCCUGGAUGCAAACCGGCCAUGGUUUCCUCUGUGUGACUCCUGCAGUUGGAUCUCCAGCACCAAACAGCACCUCCCUGGACAGAGAAACCCCACUGCCUGUGAAGUAUCGGCAUGGGAAGCCUUCAGGCACUGCAGAGGUAGGACCACAAGCCAUCCCAGCAGUGAAACCCGCGCUCUGUAGUCACUGUUCACCCUCUCCACCUCUUCCUGGCACUCUUUUCUGCCUGUAGACCAACGCAGCUGCCCCAUGGCCGGGGGGAACCAGACUCAGGUGACAGAGAUCCAGCUGCUGAGCUUUUCCCAAGGCCAGCCCUUCCUCUUCCUCCUUUUCCUGGCCACCUACCUGGUCACGCUGCUGGGGAACUCCGCAAUACUCACUCUGGUGCUCCUGGACACCCAUCUCCACAACCCCAUGUAUUUCUUCCUCAGCCACCUCUCCUGUUUGGAUAUCUGCUACUCAACGGUGACCGUGCCCAAGGUCUUGGCCAACAGCCUCCUUCCGCGGGCGGCCAUCUCCUACGGUGGCUGCCUGGCGCAGACCUUCUUCCUGAUGAGCUGCGCGGGGGCUGAGUGCGCACUGCUGGCCGUCAUGGCCUACGACCGCUACGCCGCCAUCGUGCACCCCCUGCACUACGCACACGCCAUGCGCGGGGCUGCAUGCUGGGCCAUGGUCACGGGCUGCUGGCUGUGGGGAGCGCUGGACUCGGCGGUGCACACCCUGCUGGCCUCCCAUCUGUCCUUCUGCGGCGCCGUCCGCCUGCGGCACCUCUUCUGCGACGUCCCCCCGCUGCUGAGGGCUGCCUGUGGCAACACGUGGCCCAGCCAGGCGGCCCUGCACGCGGCCAGCGUCUUCAUGGGCUUCGGCCCCUUCCUGCUGGUUCUCGGCUCCUACCUACGCAUCUUGGUGGCUGUGCUGGCCGUGCCCACGGCCGCUGGCCGCCACAAGGCCUUCUCCACCUGCUCUGCCCACCUGCUGGUGGUCACGCUCUACUUUGUGACGGCCAACCUCAACUACAACCAGCUCAAUGCCGACUACCCGCUGCUGGCCGACGCUGUGGUGUCGGUGCUGUUCUGCAUCGUCACCCCCGCGCUGAACCCCCUCAUCUACAGCCUCCGCAAUCAGGAGGUGCGGGGGGCCCUGAGGAGGGUCCUGUGUGGGCGGUGGGGCUACCGGGGCCGUGGGAUUGAUGUAGAGGCCCCCAGAGUGCAAGGGAAAAUAGUGGGACCAUAG